CAGUGCCUACCUUCACACGUAAGCGGCACUCAGGUCCGUCUGUCUGGUCAGACCUACACAUGCACCCGUGGCGGACACACUCUCGGACACGCACGCCCGCUAUAGGCCCCCUACAGCCCCCGCCCUCGUCUUGAGGCCAUCUCUGCGCGUCCCCAUCGCCAUUGGCCAAGACGCCAAGCCCUCAGCAUCUCCAUCGCAGCUGAAGGGAGCAUUGGGGAAGGUCGGAUACACAGGGGAUUGCCUUUGUCUUUGUGUGUGAACAAUGAAGACGUUAGUGCGACUCGUGCUCGGACUCGUCGUCCUCAAAGCAGUGCUGGCUGGACCCCGGUUUUCCCGACAAGCGGACUUGGACACGUACGACGGCGGCAACUACGAUGUGGACGAUUUGAAUUCGGAAAACCAGGAGUAUGACUAUGAAGACGGGCCGACCAUCGACGACCCAGAGAUAGAGAUUGGCACACUGGCCCCGCCAGACUACAACUACCCAGUACCAGAGGCCUCCUUGGAGGAGCAGGUGGACCAAGAAGAAGAGGAGGAAGAGGAAGAGCUGCCCCUGAAACCUCAGCUUAUCCCUCAGGGCUCAGGCGGGUCCGGAGUUCUCAUGGGCCCAGAAACACAGAAAGAGGUGGAGCUGCGUCUGAUGCCCAUUGACAUCCUUCAUGUCUCCGGGGAUUUUGGGGGCUCGGUGGGGUCUGGUGCCUCGGGAGCCUCUGGGGUUUCCGGGUCAGGAGGCUCAGGGGACCCGCUGGUCUCAGGCGCCUCCGGGGGUUCCGGGGAUAUUGUCUUCAUCUCUGGGGCUUCUGAGGAGAUAAUCAGCGGCUCUGGAGAAUCAGGGGAGUUCUUGGUAUCCGGGGAUGUGGAUUACUUUAUAUCAGGGGAUUUCUCUGGAUCUGGGGGGGUCUCCGGAUCAGGGGACCUCCUGAUUUCUGGAGAUGUCUCCGGAUCAGGGGAUCUCCUAAUAUCUGGGGAUCUUUCUGGGUCUGGGGAUCUCUUGAUAUCAGGAGAUCUCAUGGGAUCAGGAGAUCUCUUGAUAUCUGGGAUGGGAUCUGCAACUUCUGGAGCCUCCGGAGACUUUGGCUCUGGAGGAUCUGGAAUUGUAAUAGAAUUGGGGUCCGGAGGGUCCGGUAUUGCCACUGGAGGGUCUGGGGACCAGUCUGGUUCUGGGUUCUCGGGAGAUCUUCUGACCUCAGGUGCCUCGGGAGGCUCUGGGGUUUCUGGGGACACGGAUGAGUCCGAGGUCCCAGGGAUAACAUUAUUACCUGGAGAGGAGGAGCUGCCUCUCCUUCCUACAACUAGUCCACAAGAAGCAUCAGGUACUUCUGGGGAUUUCUCAGGAGUUUCAGGAACCUCAGGGGAUCUGGGAGUCUCUGGAGACAUAGAGGUCUCUGGAGCCUCUGGAACUUCUGGUGUCUCUGGCUCCGGAGACACGGAGCAGCCUGAUAUAACUCUGAUCCCUGACACUAAAGAGGAGGGGCUGCUUCCCACACAAGAGACCCCUCAGGAGGGUAGUGGUGGUGUUGAGGAGACACUGGGCUCUGGCCUUCCAGAGCCAGAUGAACCUGAAGAGCCUGAUGUUGACAGGACAGGCAUGCCCACAUGCUUGCUAUGCACGUGCCUUGGUGGUUCAGUCUACUGCGAUGACUUAAAGCUGGACAGCGUCCCCCCUCUGCCCAAGGACACCACUCACUUCUACGCCCGCUACAACAGGAUUACCAAGAUCAACAAGUCGGACUUUGCCUCCAUGAACAAGCUUAAGAGGAUCGACCUGACCGCCAACGAGAUCUCGUCCGUCGACAGCAGGGCAUUUAUGGGUCUGCCCGAGCUGGAGGAGCUGGUGAUUCGGGAAAACCACAUCUCGCAGCUGCCCGCCCUGUCGGAGACCAUGACCUUGAUUGACGCCAGCCACAACAACAUUGACUCCAAGGGGAUUACCAAAGAGGCCUUUAAGGACAUGACCGGACUGCUGUACCUGUACCUGACUGACAACAAGAUCGAUUACAUCCCUGUUCCUCUGCCACACAGUCUGAGAUCUCUACAUCUACAGCGUAACAACAUACAGUCGAUGCACGACGACACGUUCUGCAACCUGCACGACUUCAGCUACAUCCGGAACGCCCUGGAGGACAUCCGCCUGGACGGCAACCCCAUUAACCUGAGCCGAACCCCGCAGGCGUACGUCUGCCUGCCCCGCAUCCCCAUCGGGGACCUCAUUUAAUGACCACGGCGAGCACGACCCCACGCACGCAUCACUGUUCAUAUAUACACGUUGACCCGCCACGCGCAUGCGCAUGUGGACACGCGCACAUCCUCCAUACCACUCUGCGUGGAUAUUUCGUGUACCAGAGGAGGUCCAUAAACGCAUGAGAUGCGAGUGGCACACACACACACACACACACAACAAAUAACUGUUCCACAACUUGAAUUAGGAGUAUAAAAAAAAAACUCAAAUGAAUGUUUCUGUCUGCCCGCAACCGCUCAUUUUUUUUGUUGGAAUAUUGUUUUGUUUUGUAAAGAUUAAAAUAUAAAUAUUAUAAAAUUAAUGUCAACUCUCUUGGGAAAUUUUGAGUUUUAUGGAAGGUCACAUUUGAGCAUGUUAAUGCAAUAAAAAACGCAUUUUGAACACAAAUCAUUUGUUGUAUAGUCUGUACUGUAAUUAUAUUUGAUUUGUGCACAAUAGCCUAUUCCAAAGAGUCUAGACCAGUGGUGUUUAAUGUACGGCCUGAGGGGCAUUUGCUACAAAUUGUGGAAAUUAAAUUCAAUAAAUAAAAAAAACAGCAUAAAUGGGAAAAAGAGAAAAAGAGUAAAGAGAAAAAGUUGACAUGUUGAUAUUACUAAUAAAAAGGUAAAAGU